AUGAAGUACGCUCUGAACGCGAUCGCCGUCGCGGCCCUCUCCAGCUGCGUGCUGGCGAAGGAGCUGCCUCCAGACGACGAGCGGGGGGCCGAGAUCUUCGCCAGCGGUCUCCGACACAACAGCAUCAUGGAGACUAAGGAGACCUACUGGGCCGGCCGGAGAGAGCAGGGCCUGUUCGACUCGAGUCAGUACAAGAGCAUGAACACAAGCGUCGAUGUGGUUGCCUGCGUCGACGGGGUAGCUGCGCUCGUGGUCGGUGACCCGCUCUACACCUUCAGGUGCAAGGGGCUCGACCUGUACGACUUCCAGUCCCACGCCGACCUCGGCAGCAACGGUGGCGAGGGCGCUGGUUCUUGGGGCUGGACCAGCCCUGACGGUCGCGAGUUCGUCGCCAUUGCCCAGUCUGACGGCUCUGCUUUCGCCGAGAUCACCCCCGCGGGCAAGUUGGUCUACCUCGGCCGGCUACCGCAGUACCCUGCCGCGCAGCCGUCCCUAUGGCGCGAGAUCAAGGGCUACAAGAGCUACAUCGUCAUCGGUAGCGAAGCCGUAAACCACGGCGUCCAGUUCUUCGACCUGACCAAGCUCCUCGACGUCGACCCCGCCAACCCCGUCACCUUCAACAACGAGGACGACAUCAGCCACUUCAACGGCCUGCCCAUCGGCCGUUCCCACACCGUUCAGACUAACGAGGAGGCCGGCUACGCCGUCGCCUCUGGCUCCCAGCCGCGCAGCGACAAGUGCGCCUCGGGCCUCAUCUUCAUCGACCUGUCGGACUUCUCGAACCUGACGUCGCCCGGCUGCGCAGCUGCUGACGGCUACGUGCACGACGCCCAGUGCCUGAUCUACCGGGGCCCCGACGAGAAGUAUGUCGGCGAGGACAUCUGCUACGGGUACAACGAGGACACGUUGACGAUCUAUAACGUGACGGACAAGAAGAACCCGUCCAUCAUCUCGCGGACCAGCUACGAGGGCGCCAGCUACACGCACCAGGGUUGGGUCCUCGACGAGCAGUGGCAGCAGUACCUCGUGCUCGACGACGAGUACGACGAGUACGACCGCGCCGGCCCUGGCGCCGCGGGCUACCCGAUCACGUACAUCUGGGACAUCUCGUCUCUCGAGGCCCCCAAGCAGACCGGCUACUACCAGGGUUUGCGCAAGGGUAUCGACCACAACCAGUUCGUCAACGGCGGGCUUUUGUAUCAGAGCAACUACGGCGGCGGCCUGAACGUGCUCGACGUGUCGUCGAUCCCCGAGGACCCGACGGGCGCGGGCGUCACCGAGGUAGCCUACUUCGAUAUCUACCCAGAGGACGACAACGCCGAGGGCGGUGGCCAGAUCGCGUUCCAGGGCACCUGGAGCCACUAUCCCUACUUCAAGAGCGGCUACAUCCUCAUCAACACGAUCGAGCGCGGCGCUUACGUUGUCAAGUUCUCGUCGUAG